AGGAUGAUUUGUACUCACCUGACGAAGAUGAUGUUUCUCUUAAGAGAUUUUAUGAAUACACUCUCAAAUUUCCUGACCCCAAGUAUAUGUUCAACCUCAAAGAAAAAGGGCUCACUACUCCUGAAAAAUUCGUUGCAUGGUGGAAUGGGAACAAUCCAGAUUUUCAGAUCACAGUUGAUGCGAAGAUGAGGACCCCUCCCGCUAUAAUUGUCAUUGGGGAGAGUAUGGAGAUUAGGUAUAGCGUAACAUAUACCAGAGUUCAAGCUUUUUUUAAUGAAGCAAUAUGA